AGCAGCACUAUUAACUGAUGUGUUUUGGAUAAAAACUAUUUUUCCCGCGACAGUAUCCCGUAAACAGAAGGACAAUUGGUUCUACAGCAGUGAAUUAUAUAAACCUGCCAAUGUCACUCACUCACCAUUGAGCUGUCAGUGCUGAGAGUUAUAGUUGCAGUGUAGCUGUAUGGCCACUGGUUACUCACUGUAUUACAUCCCCUGACUGACUGCAUUGCUGGGGGAGUCACUACCAACCAACUCUGCCAACUUACCUGCAACUUGUUUGUUUCUUUCCAGGGAGGAUUAAGAUCACACUAGUUAUUAUGAGUGGAGCUGCCAUACUCCCUCCCUCCUCUCACUCACCUCUUUUACUCACUGUUACAAAGUUUCUAGUCUAAUGAUACAAAUAUUUCUGAGCCUGAUCCUCACUGUAUCCAGAACUGAGAGGGUUAACUCCCAGGAGUACAAAGUGCUGUUUGUCUUUCAGUUUCGUUUCUUGUUCAGUUGCUGUUCCCGCUCUCAGUGAUGGCGGCUGCUGAUCUGAGAGACGAGCUGAGCUGCUCCAUCUGCCUGAGCAUUUAUACUGAUCCUGUAUCCCUGCCGUGUGCCCAUAACUUCUGCCGGGGCUGUAUUGGGAGGGUGCUGGGCACCCAGGAGGGAUCUGGGCCUUAUUCCUGCCCUGAAUGCAGACAGGAGUUUAAGGAGCGCCCUGCCCUGCCCAGGAACAGAACUCUGGGGAACAUAGCAGAGCGAUUCCUUUCUGCUCAGCCCGAGCCGGGGGACACUGGGAUUCCCUGCACCUACUGUGACUCCCAUGUACCUGCUGUUAAAUCCUGUCUCCUGUGUGAGGCUUCUCUGUGUAAUAAGCACCUGAGGAUGCACAGCAAGUCAGCGAAACACGUCUUAAUAGAACCCACAAUGGACAUGGGGGACAAGAAAUGCUCCGUCCAUGAUGAACCCCUGAAAUAUUACUGCUGUGAGGAGUCUGUCUGUGUCUGUGUGUCCUGCUGUCUGGCCGGAGAGCACAGGGGCCACAGGGUGGAGCUGCUGAGUGAGGCCUCUGAGAAGAAGAAAGAGACACUGAGGAAAGUUGUGGAGAAACUGAGGCCAGAGAGAGAGGAGACUGAGAGAGGAGCCCAGAGACUGCAGGAGCGCAGGAGAGAAGUGGCAGAAAAAGCAGCCGGUGAGACAGAGAGAGUCACUGCCCUGUUUAGAGACAUCAGGGAACAGCUGGAAGCCCUAGAGAAGCGACUCCUGAGUGACAUCUCCAGCCAGAAAGAGAAGCUCUCACUCACACUCACUGAUCUGAUGGAGCAGCUGGAAAUAAAGAAGGACGAGCUGUCCAGGAAGAUCCGUCACAUUGAGGAGCUGUGCAACAUGGCAGAUCCACUCACUGUCCUACAGGAACGGGAAUCACAUGGAGCUGCAGAUAAUGAGGGGGGCAGAGAGAGACAUGAUAUAAAGGUCCCUGCUGUAGGGGAUCUGGAUGUGGAUCUGAUCUCAGAGACAUUACUCACAGGCUUAGCUGCCAUUGGGACUGGGGUAAAUACAAAAGUAUAUGGGCAGGAGGCUACAGACCUGUUACUGGAUAUAAACACGGCUCAUAAUCUUGUAUCUGUAUCAGGGGACACGAAAUCUGCUUCCUUCUCACCAACAAAACUACAUUACCCACAAUCCCCAGAGAGAUUUCAGGAUUAUACUCAGACUUUAAGCAGCAGGAGUUUCCCCUCAGGGCGACAUUACUGGGAAGUGGAGGUCAGUGAAUCAGGGGACUGGGGGGUAGGGGUGGCCUAUCCCAGUAUAGAGAGGAGAGGGGGUCAGUCUGGUAUUGGGAAUAAUAACAAGUCCUGGGGUUUGUACAGAUGGGUUGAUAAUAACAGAUAUUCAGUGGUACAUGACAGUAAAAGGACAGAGUUACCCCACGUCUCUUCCUGCAGGAGAAUCAGGAUCUCAUUGGACUAUGAGGCCGGACGUCUGUCCUUUUAUGAGCUGAGUGAGCCAAUCAGACACUUACACACCUUCACUGUCACAUUCACUGAGCCCCUUCAUGCUGCAUUCUGGGUCGGGAGGGGUAAUUCCUGGGUGAGAAUCAUUAGUUAGUAUCUAUGGCACUUUAUUAAUUGAAUAGGUUAAUCAGAGGAUACAUUAGUGUAAUUCCUGUAGAUCUAAACCAGUCAGUACAGCCCCUCCCCUGGCCGCAUAUUGUAUAUCAGUGCUGAGCAUUACUUUGCUUGGGGUGAGUCAGUUAUACAAUAUUACGUGGGUAUAGGGGCAGGAUCAUAUUAAAGCCAAGAUGCCAUAUCAAUCUGAAAUAUUAACACUGCUCUUAUGUCAGGGGAUUGUCCCAAGACUUUACUGGUACAGCAGGGAACAGACUGAUGCUGAUUAUUGCUGUUUUCCUUAAAGGGGUUAUUCACCUUUCAAUUAACUGUUAGUAUGAUGUAGAGAGGGAUAUUCUGAGACAAUUUG